AUGCAAAUUUGCAACGAGGCAAGGCGAGAAAUAGCCGAGAAUGGUAACCUUAUGUGUUUAAAUUUAAAUAACAAACUAUUCAGUAGUAAAGCUAUAAAACCACUGACUGAAGUUUUAUGCAAUAAUACCGCCUUAACUAAUUUAAAUUUAAAUAAUAAUAUGUUAGGCGAAUACGUUGGAAAUUCACUAGCUGAAGCUUUAUGCAAAAAUACAACGUCAAAAAAUCUAAAUUUAGGUAAUAGUUAUAGUAUAGAUGAAUUAGCAGGCAAAGCACUGGCCGAAGCUUUAUGCAAAAAUACCACCUUAACUAAUUUAGAUUUAUGUGGUAAUAGGCUAGGUGAAUUAGUAAACAAAGAACUGGCUGAAGCUUUAUGCAAAAAUACCACAUUAAUUGAUUUAUAUUUAAGUAGUAAUAGUUUAGGUGGAUCAUGA